UAAGGCGACAAACGUUUGAGUUCCCAAUCCAGAACAAAUCUGUACUUCUGAACAAAAAGCAGAAUUCGAUUCGGCAGUUGGUAGAACAAGUUUCCUUGAAACUCUCUCUCCAAGUUCCAAUACUCAUCACUGAUUCUUCCCAUUUUAUUUCAGUCUCCAAGCGAUUUUGGUUCUUCUUCAAUGGAGAUGGAAGUAAGAGGAGCAGGGCUGAUGGUAUCGCCAUUAGGUGGAAAACAAAACCUAAGAAUGGCCCAUUUUCUCAAACCUGCUUGCAUUCAACACCCAGAAUCCGAUCAUCUUCCCAAAACCCUGUUCUCCGAAGCCGCCAUUUCCUUGUCUCAAACCUUAUCUUCACAGACAAGAUUCACCGGAUGGCUGACCCCACAAGAACAGUGGAACACCUGGGAAGAAAAUCUUCGUUCCAAGUACGAAAAUGUAUGGAGAAACGCCGGAAUACUCGAAGCCAUUAAAGCUUCCACAUACCGAAUACCAAGAAGCCAUGAUUUGGUUCUUGGGCUUGCACAAAAGUGGUAUCCUGAGACUAACAGCUUUAUCUUCGCUUGGGGUGAAGCUACGAUAACAUUAGACGAUGUUAUGAUUUGUGGAGGCCAUUCUGUUGUGGAGUCCUAUGUUUUCACACCUCUUAAAGACAAAGAAUCGAAGCUGAUGGAACAGAGAUUAGAUGAAGUGAGAAGAAAAUUGAUAAAGACAAAAGCCAAAAAAGCAACACAUGUUUCAUGGCUGAGGCAUUUCAUGGAGGAGGAGGAGGAGGGUGAGUUAGAACACGUGGCAUUUCUGUCGCUGUGGCUGUCAAGGUUUGUGUUUCCUCCUAUAAUUUCCAAACAAAACUUUUCCAUUGCAUUACAUCUAGCUAGAGGUACCCGAAUUGCUCUAGCACCUGUAGUUCUAGCGAGUAUCUAUAGAGAUUUGACAUUAUUGAAAGGAAAAUUUGAUGAGGCUAUAAAGUCUGAAGCUUACAAGAGAGAUCAUGAAUGUGGUUUAUCCGCAAAAUCAAUAAUCUUAAGAGCCCCUUUUCAAUUGGUUCAAAUCUGGGCUUUUGAAAGAUUCCCAGCAUUUCAUCUAAAGUCUAACAUAAUUGAGUAUGCCCAACCUUUGACAGCAAAAUGGCACAAAGUGAAAAUGCUGAACUAUGGAGAUGUGAGUUUAGCUCUAGACUCUUCUGCAAAAAGCUUUCUUUGGCAGCCAUAUAAAGAUUCUCCAAAGCUCUACAAUGAAAAGGAUAGGUGGGUGUGCUUCAAUAAUUCAGAUUCUCAUGAGGAUUUAGAGUCUUUUGCUCGCUGCCUCAGGCAUUCUCAGUUGGUGGGUAUAGACUGUAUAGAGAUGUACCUUCCACACCGUGUGGCGAUGCAAUUUGCGUUGGAUCAGGACAUUCCAGAGAAGGUGGCUCGUUGCAAGGAGAACAAUCCUGAGAUUGCUUGGAGAAACUAUGAUAGCCCAAUGACAGAGGCAAUGUUGUGUAUUGCUGCUGUUGCAGCAUCAUCUACCUUGGAGCCAAGUGUUACUUAUAAGUACUUGGAAUGGUGGAAGCAAUCAAAACUUGGAGCUAGCGAACAACAUGGUUUGAUCUCUAAGCCUAUAAAGUUCUCAGAAAAACUGUCACAAAUUUCACCUGAGAUGGGAUCUUCUCUUCAUAGAGAUCAAACGGGGAAUAAUUCUGAUCAAGAUCAUGGUUCAGCAAUUGAAAAACUGCAGAAGAGAUCUCAGUCAAGAAACUGAUAACAUUUCAAUUGUGUGAGAAUAUGAAUGUGGUUGGGCAAUCAAAAAGAACCAAGGUAGAUGCAAAAAUGGAGAAUGUGAUUGACAAGUCUGGAAGGGCCAAAGAAGGUAAAUUUGGUGAGAAUGGUAAUAUAUAUUUGUCUGAUAUUGAAACUCGGAUUGAGUACCUUGAAA